CGGAGGGUUGAACGAACAGAGCGGGUCGCCAUGUCGUUUAUGGAUGCCCGCGAGCACGGGAGCAAGAUCGGCGGCGCCGGCGUCGCGUCCGCGCAGCACGAGGCCAUCGACCGCAGGGAGAGGCUCCGAAGACUGGCGCUGGAGACGAUCGACCUCGCGAAGGACCCGUACUUCAUGCGAAACCACCUCGGAAGCUACGAGUGCAAGUUGUGCCUCACCAUCCACGGCAACGAGGGCAACUACCUGGCGCACACGCAGGGUAAGCGUCACCAGCAGAACCUCGCCAAGCGCGCGGCGAGGGAGGCGGCGGAGAAUCCGGGCGCGCUGCCCGCCGCGAAAAAGGCCCGACCGGCGCCUCGGAAGACGGUCAAGAUCGGUCGACCGGGGUACAGGGUCACGAAGCAGUUCGAUCACGACACCAGGCAGCGAUCGUUGCUGUUCCAGGUGGAUUACCCCGAGAUUGAGGACGGGUGCAAGCCGAGACACCGGUUCAUGAGCUCGUACGAGCAGAAGGUUGAGGCGUGGGAUAAGAAGUACCAGUACGUGAUGUUCGCGGCGGAACCGUACGAGGUCAUCUCGUUCAAGGUGCCCAACGCGGAGGUGGACAAGAGGGGCGACGAUAAGUACUUCUCCCACUGGGAGCCGGACAAGAAGGUGUACACGCUUCAGGUGUACUUCAAAAACGGACCCGCGCCGAGCCGGGCAGACGCCGCCGCGCCGGUUGGAGGGACGGGGGGAUACGCGGUGCCGGCGAGUAACCUGCCGCCGCCGCCGCCGCCGGGCGCGCUGCCGCCGCAGUUCGCGCCGCCUCCCGUGUAGACAUCGACUAGAAGACGCGAGUAAUCAACAUUUAGGCCAACUCGAUUCGCUCCGGCGCGAGCGCGAGACUCGUAAAAAUCGUCUUUUAAAAUCGUUCGUCCUAAAAGUUAA